CAAGCAACAGCGCACUUGUUUUUAUUUUCUUAACAUUUUUCUGCAAAAUAAAAGGUUUUCCGCACUACAAGUAAAAUGUCUGCCCCGGCUGAGGACCCACUCUUGACCGUGUUUGAGGGCUCUUCUCCGGGGGACGUGUCUCACGCCCGGCUGCUGUGGAGCUCGCUGUCUCUCGUGCCGCCGCUGGAGUCCCGGCUGGUGUCCGCGGACAUCGGACAGAGGCUGCCGGUGUCCCGGCCGCAGCGCAGCAGCAGCAGCACCGGUCCCAGGCGGUCAUGCAGCAUGCAGCAGCCGCAGCCGAGUUGUGAGCAUGCUCUCCUGCAGAGACUGGAGGAGAGGCAGCGGUAUGCGGCCAUGGCCGACCAGAGGAGGGAGACCAUGGCUCUGCUGAGGAGGCAGAGGGAGCAGAGGAUCCGGAGGGAGAUGCUCUCUGUGGACUUCAAACCGAAGCUGGAGCUCGACGGCGGAGAGAAAAGGUCCAAGCUGCGAAAUCCUCCAGACGCUGAGAUGGACGAGGAGCUGGUGAAGCAGCUGCAGUGAAGUGAUGAAGCGACUGUGCCGAUUUGUUUUAAAGGGCUUUCUAAAUGAUUUCAUAUAUUGUUCACACGCUUUAAUUAUAAGCAGAUUCAGUUAAACCUUGUUCUGUUUCUUAAUGUGAGAAAUUCUCUAUGAAGUCUGGUGUUGAGGUAAAACACCUGAAUCCUGUCCCAACUGAAUAGCCUGUAACCCUGCUCAUGAUGAGUGACUCUGUUGUUAACAAUCUGAUGUUUUGCAGAUAUAAUGUUUGUUUGCUCAUUAAACACAAAGUACUGAAGCUGAUGAGAACUGGACAAAUACAAAAUAAAGUUCAUCCUGAUUAUGGCACCAGAUCACCAAAGUCAUUCACAUUAUUGGUCACUUUGAGAGAUGCUCACA